GAAGCAUAUAUUUGUUUACCUCUAUGGGUAGAACAAAACAAAAGUUGCUAUAAUUGAAUAUCGGCAAAGAAGGUAUUUUGUAAACUAAUUAUAUUAUGAAUGACAUUACUAGUGAUACCAAAGAUAUGGUAAAAACCGGCGAAGAAGUUAAUAAUAUAUUUGAGGAAAUCGAAGAGCUUCUUAAAAAUAAUGAGGGUUUAGAAACAUCAACACAAGGUACAGCAAUACCAGCACUAAAAGCACGCAAUGAACAUGUUGAAGCAACGACAAAACGAAAUAAUGGAAACGAAGAAGGUCCCUACGUUAAUGGCAAACAAAUUAUAAAUGAGGAACGAGCUUCGAAUUUUUUGCCAGCUUACUCUAAUUAUGAUUUUCUUGUAUCCACGGACUCCCAAUCCUCGCCAGAAGAGGAACUUUCACUAUACUCAGUUAAUCAAAAUGAACUACAACCAGUUAAUGCACCAUUCAUGGUUCCUGGUAUAUAUAAAAAAAUCGCCAAUGCAUCGGGAGCUAUAAGUAAGCUUCCACCACAAAAUUAUGCUUUCGAUGUGACGAAUGUUAUAUUGACGACAAAAUGUUCCAAGGGGAAGAUUAUAUCACGGGUUGAUUUUGAAGGCGUGUCGUCUACCGAGGAGUCCACUUGGUACAAAUUAAACCAUGUUGAAGCAACCACCUUGACUGAGCCAAAAUCCUCUAAUAUUAGUACACUUUCUAAUAACAUUCUAACUUUUGCAUAUAAUAUACACAAAUCAGCAAAACUCGAUUGUAUCAUGAUUGAUAGGGAUAAAAAUGAAAUAAGGCGUAUCCGAGCAGGGAGCAGUCAUCAAAUUUUGUACCGACUUCUAGGCCCCGAGGAUUUAGUUCUACAAAAUAAUCAAACUUUGACCCACUCAGCAUCUGCCAGGAGCAAAAUCUUUCCUGCGAAAGCUAAAAUAGGUCGACCAAAAAAGCAUCCUUUAGUUAAUGAGGGUAAUCAGCAAACGGAAGGAGCGUUUAAAAGACUGAAAAUCGAUCCUGUUGUCAAACAACGGGAGAUAAGUAAAACUGUGACUAAUUCUCAGCAGCCACUUACGCGUACACGCUCCGGUCGCAUGGUUAAAUCUUCAACGACUCCAUUAUGCACUGCUGAUGUUAACCAAGCCUCAUAUUUAGAAACUGAUACUGUAAAAAAUAUAAUUAAUGAAUCAAAAGAUAAGGAUUUUCAGUGCAAAGUAAAACCCCUUCCAAUAUCCUCCGAAAAACACAAUUUGACUGAAACAAGUGCUAUAAAAAAUAAUCGCCGAGUACCACCGGAAGCGAUUUGCCCCAAAUGUGGAAAAAUAUUUUUGGGUCGCCGCUUAAAUCGUCACUUCGCACAACAUCCAGACCAUAUGUUAGCAAACGUUGUUGAGAACCCAUUGGAGCAACAACAAAAUGUACAAAUUGCUUCAGACAAUAGCAACGAAGAUAUGACUAUUUUCCGCUAUCUUAUUUCGAAAUUGCAGAAACCUUUACUCAAUGAAGAUCAACGUGCUGAUCUCUUUCUAAAUGAGCUAAAUGAUUUAGUGGAGCAAUUACAGUUGCGGAGCACCCGACUUAUACGCAAUACUUCGGGUUUGCAUUUCGUUAGUGCACGAACAGCUCGAUUGUUAGGCAUACCGGAGGGUCAGUAUGCGCUCGAUAUGUCUGCUAUAGACAGUGAGGCUCCCUUUAUAGAAGCAGAUCAUAACGGUACGAACGGGGAGGGAAGAAAACGACAUCAAGUCAUACAGCCGGUAGUUACUGUAAGCACUCCCAGUUUAGAUUACACAGCAAUCAGUUUGGAUGAUACCCUAACAGAUGAAGCAGCGCAAAAAUUAAAUUUAUCAGCUGGUGGUAAGUUGUUACCACCCUCUGAGGAGAGCCUUCUGCGUGCUGUGGGGGACUUAGUUCAUGAUGGUAUUACGAAAUUGGUAGAUGCCAAUCUACUGCUUCCACCGCGAUCGGUUGUACAAUCAACUGUAACCUCAACUCUCGUGCAGCAAUAUGAUCAUGUGAGCGACAACGCUGUGGAAGCAUUAACUAUUAAAGACGAUAACGCGCCGCAGGAGGCCACCUCACUACUAGACCUGAAAGUUGACUUCUUUCAGUUCAAAAAUAAUUAAAUACAGAAUGAAUUUUUGAUUUGGCGAAAAAAGCA